CACCAGAUCCUCCACGCCAACGUGGUGGUUUACAGCUACCACUACCUGCUGGAUCCCAAGAUCGCGGAUCUGGUGUCCAAGGAGCUGGCCAGGAAAUCCGUGGUGGUGUUUGACGAGGCUCACAACAUCGACAACGUCUGCAUCGACUCCAUGGGGGUGAACAUCACGCGCCGCACACUCGACCGCUGCCAGGCCAACGUGGCCACGCUGCAGGCCACCAUCCAGAGGAUCAAGGACACGGACGCCCGGCGGCUGUCAGACGAGUACCGGCGGCUGGUGGAGGGGCUGCGUGAGGCCGGGGCCGCCCGGGAGACCGACCUGUUCCUGGCCAACCCCGUCCUGCCCGACGAGAUCCUGCGGGAGGCUGUUCCCGGCAGCAUCCGCACGGCCGAGCACUUCGUGGGCUUCCUGAAGCGCUUCGUGUCGUACCUGCGGGCGCGGCUGCGGGGGCCGCGCGUGCUGCAGGAGUCGCCCCCCUCCUUCCUCAGGGACCUCUACGAGCGGGUGUGCAUCGAGAGGAAGCCCCUGAGGUUCUGUGCCGAGCGGCUGCACUCGCUGCUGCGCACGCUGGAGAUCACCGACAUCGCCGACUUCUCGGCCAUCACCCUCGUCGCCAACUUCGCCACCCUGGUCAGCACCUACGCCAAAGGUUUCACCAUCAUCAUCGAGCCCUUUGACGACAGGACCCCCACCAUCGCCAACCCCAUCCUGCACUUCAGCUGCAUGGACGCCUCCAUCGCCAUCAAACCUGUCUUUGAGCGCUUCCAGUCCGUCAUCAUCACCUCAGGGACUCUGUCCCCGCUGGAUAUUUACCCCAAGAUCCUGGAUUUCCGCCCCGUUACCAUGGCAACCUUCAGCAUGACCCUGGCCAGGACCUGCCUGUGCCCCAUGAUCGUGGGUCGUGGCAACGACCAAGUGGCCAUCAGCUCCAAGUUCGAGACGCGGGAGGACAUCGCUGUGAUCCGGAACUACGGGAACCUGCUGCUGGAGCUGUCGGCCGUCGUCCCCGACGGCAUCGUCGCCUUCUUCACCAGUUACCAGUACAUGGAGAACAUUGUGGCCUCCUGGUACGAGCAGGGCAUCCUGGAGAACAUCCAGCGCAACAAGCUGCUCUUCAUCGAGACGCAGGACGGGGCUGAGACCAGUAUGGCCCUGGAGAAGUACCAGGAGGCGUGUGAGAACGGCCGGGGCGCCAUCCUGCUCUCCGUGGCCCGCGGCAAAGUCUCCGAGGGCAUCGACUUCGUACAUCACUACGGCAGAGCUGUCAUCAUGUUCGGGGUCCCCUACGUCUACACCCAGAGCCGCAUCCUGAAGGCCAGGCUGGAAUACCUGCGGGACCAGUUCCAGAUCCGUGAGAACGACUUCCUGACGUUCGACGCCAUGCGCCACGCGGCUCAGUGCGUGGGACGGGCGCUGCGGGGCAAGAGUGACUACGGCCUCAUGGUCUUUGCUGAUAAGCGCUUCGCCCGUGCCGACAAGCGCGGGAAGCUGCCGCGCUGGAUCCAGGAGCACAUCACCGACGCCAACCUCAACCUCACCGUGGACGAGGCCGUGCAGGUGGCCAAGUUCUUCCUGCGCCAGAUGGCUCAGCCUUUCCACCAGGAGGAUCAGCUGGGGCUGUCGCUGCUGACGCUGGAGCAGCUGCAGAGCGAGGACGUGCUGCAGAGGAUCGAGCAGAUCGCUCAGCAGGUCUGAGAGCAGGAGGAGGAGGAAGGGAGGGGGGAUCUCUGACCUCCCCACACUCACUUUGUCCCCAAGCCCCCCCGAUAACAGCCGCAGAGGGAUCCAGAGUCGUCGUGUGUCCCCCCAAACAGCGCUGUGGUGGGACCUGGAUCCCUCCCUGUGCUUGGGGGAGGAUUAGGACCCCCUCCCAUAUUCAGAGAGGGAUCUGGAGUCCCCCCCAAACACUCUCAGAGUGGGGCAGGGGGGUCUCUGUGCUCAGGGUGGGACCUGUGGUGGUGCUCCCCCCCCCUAUCCCAGCCGUGCUGGGAGCAGGACCUGGAGCCCCCAACACACACUGAGCCCCCUCCUCACCCUCCUGGGGGGCUCCUGUGGGGACCCUCCUCAAUUUACCUGGUUCUUUUGUAUGGCACCCCCCUACACCCCAAAUAAAGCAGGAC